AUGAUCAAAAGUGUCAGUUAAGACUGUAAAAGCCGGGAUGAUAGGUUUGUGCGACUUUUUUGUAGAUGGUGGCGCAAGCGCUGGGAAGAGAACUGGAAGCAUGGGAGACAAUAGCGGUUGGGGCGGUGUCAGGAGGCAUAGCAGCAGUUGUAACAACGCCAUUUGAUGUGAUGAAGACGAGAAUGAUGACUGCAACACCAGGGAGACCGAUCUCAAUGUCUAUGGUUGCUAUCUCGAUCCUGCGCCACGAGGGACCGCUUGGUUUGUUCAAAGGAGCAGUCCCGAGGUUCUUCUGGGUGGCUCCUCUUGGUGCCAUGAACUUUGCUGGCUAUGAGCUAGCCAAGAAAGCUAUGCAGAAGAACGAGGAAGUUGUAAUGGCUGAUCAGCUUGGUCAGAAG